AUGUCGACGGAAGGCUUCAUUGGAAUUGGUGGCUUCAAGACUGCGCAUGCCGGAUGGCUUACACUCACAGCUUCUCCCAGGACCGGUCUCGGAUCAGUCCCUCGUCAUAAGGUUGUGGUCAAACAUCCAUUCUAUAAAGUAUUUCCAACUGCCGUGAAGGCUGGACAUUAUAAAGUCGGCCGGUAUGCACUCGCUGACGAGCUACCCAAGUUAUUCAGGGAAGCCAACGUCUUAUAUUGGUCCAAAUCUUUAUUACAGCUCACGUACGACUUUAUUGAUCGUUCGAUCACAUCUUCACCCGAACCCCCGCCAUUCGUGGUCCCACGUGUUCGAUUUGUGGAAGCUGGCCUCUGUUAA